GACACUUUACACGGUCCCCACCGCGUCAGGAGGAGGACGCGUGCUCAACGCGAUUUUUAGCAGUACCGAGUAGAAGUACUAAAGUAGGUUAAUUGAUUCGGGCCCCUCUUCGGGUUGGCGCAGUAACUCUCGAUAAUUGAUCCCCAGAUCCUCAGAUCCUCAGAUCCUCAAAUCCCCCAUCAGAACACUACAUACAUCUCUUGUCUCUGCCGCUUUGACCGCAUUCACCAAGCCGUCGCCGCCUCGUACAAGGUAGACUGUCAGUCGCCAUGGACCGCCAAUCCGCAUACUCCGUCUCUGUCUUCAGCUCUGCAUCCCAGAAUGCGGGCGAAGACACGAGGUCGCAAAUCCAGGAGCAGCUAGUCAACUUCAUCCUGACCUUCAGAUUAGACAACAAAUUUGUUUACAGAGAUCAACUGAAAGACAACGCCCUUCUAAAAAAGUUCUACUGCGAUGUGGACAUCGGCGACCUCAUCAAAUACAACGAUGAGCUCGCCCACCGCAUGGUCUCUGAGCCAGCCGAGAUCAUACCUUUGUUCGAAGCAGCAUUAAGGAAAUGCACACACCGAAUCCUCUUUCCUCAUGACCCGAAGGCCCUCAUCCCCGAACACCAACUUCUCAUCCACUCGACUGCCGAAGAUGUGUCCAUACGAAACCUCGACUCUAUGACUAUCGCCAGACUGGUUAGAGUCCCUGGUAUAGUCAUCGGCGCUUCCGUCAUGUCCUCCAAAGCCACCGAGUUACACAUCCAAUGCCGAAACUGCAUGCACAACUCGGUCGUCCCCAUUCUUGGAGGGUUUACUGGAGCCACACUGCCGAGACAAUGUGGCCGCCAGAGAGCCGCUGGCGAUCCCGCAGAAAAGUGUCCUCUGGACCCUUAUUUUGUCGUACACGAAAAGUCUCAAUUCGUCGACCAGCAGGUCAUCAAGCUUCAAGAAGCACCGGACCAGGUCCCGGUCGGAGAGCUUCCGCGUCACGUACUGAUCUCGGCAGAUCGCUACCUCACCAACAGAGUCGUCCCUGGCUCCAGGUGUACAGUCAUGGGCAUCUUCUCCAUCUACCAGAACAAGGCGUCCAAGAGCUCUGGCGGUAACGCGGUCGCCAUCAGAACUCCGUACCUCCGCGCUGUCGGCAUUCAGACCGACGUAGACUCUACCGCCAAGGGUUUGUCUAUUUUCAGUGAAGAGGAAGAGCAAGAAUUCUUGGAGAUGAGCAGACGCCCCGACCUGCAAAACGUCAUGGCUGAUUCCAUCGCGCCAUCCAUCUACGGCAAUCGCAACAUCAAAAAGGCGAUCCUGUGUCUGCUCCUCGGCGGCUCAAAGAAGAUUCUGCCAGAUGGAAUGAAGCUCAGAGGAGACAUCAAUGUGCUUCUUCUGGGUGACCCGGGUACCGCCAAGUCCCAAUUGCUCAAGUUUGUGGAACGGGCAGCCCCCAUCUCCAUCUACACGUCAGGAAAGGGCUCGUCAGCUGCUGGUUUGACCGCAUCUGUCCAGAGAGACCACUCAACUCGAGAGUUCUACCUGGAAGGAGGUGCCAUGGUUCUCGCCGACGGUGGAGUCGUCUGUAUCGACGAGUUCGAUAAGAUGCGUGACGAGGAUCGUGUUGCCAUCCACGAAGCUAUGGAGCAGCAGACCAUCUCCAUCGCCAAGGCCGGUAUCACAACAAUUCUCAACGCCCGUACCUCGGUGCUGGCUGCUGCCAAUCCCAUCUUUGGUCGCUACGAUGAUAUGAAGACCCCUGGAGAGAACAUUGACUUCCAAACGACCAUCUUGUCCCGUUUCGACAUGAUCUUCAUUGUCAAGGAUGAACAUACACGAGAAAAGGAUGAGCGCAUUGCCAAGCACGUCAUGGGCAUCCAUAUGGGUGGCCGAGGUCUUGAAGAGCCGGUCGAGGGUGAGAUCUCAGUCGAUAAGAUGAAGCGUUACCUCUCAUACUGCAAAUCCCGAUGCGCACCACGUCUUUCCCCCGAAGCAGCAGAAAAGCUCUCUUCGCAUUUCGUGUCCAUCCGAAAGCAGGUGCACGCUUCCGAGAUGGAGGCCAACACCCGCUCGAGCAUCCCCAUCACGGUCCGUCAGCUCGAGGCCAUCGUGCGUAUCACGGAGUCGCUCGCCAAGCUCACCUUGUCCCCCAUCGCGACCGAGCAGCACGUCGACGAGGCCAUCCGUCUCUUCUUGUGCUCCACCAUGGACGCUGUCAACCAGGGCAGCAACCAGGGCAGCCGGGAGCUGAACGAGGAGGUCAACCGCCUCGAGACCGAGCUCAAGAGACGUCUGCCCAUCGGCUGGAGCACAAGCCUGGCGACGCUCAGGAGGGAGAUGGUUGAGGGCAAGGGUUUCACGGAGCAGGCUCUGAACCGGGCCCUGAUGAUUCUCCAGAGGAGAGACACGAUCAUGUUCCGGAAUCAAGGUGCACAGGUGUAUAGGAACGGUGCGUGAUUUGGCUAGCAUGUAGGCACUUUGUGAGGGAUUUGUUUUAGUUGUUUCCGAAAUGAUGCGCGUUCAACGUCUGGAGUUCCGGGGUCGGGGGAGGCAAUCAUCCUGGGGACUUGGCUUUAUAAGGGAUGAGAGUUGGCAGUUAUACUCUUGUCAGGACGUCUGUCGUGGUAAUACAAUCUUCAUGAUACCAAUUGCAAUAAAAUGUUAUACAGUCUUAUUCCACACCCAACGCCAUCGCCGUACUUGGGAGAAGAAGGAGAAGAAGGAGAAGAAGAUGAAGAAGAAGAAAGGGGGGGAGGGGGAUUCAAGGGGUCUUUAAAGCAGCUUUAAUAUUC